CAAGGUUAAUCACGUGAUAGAUCACGUCCUAUAAAUAAUGAAUGUGCCCGUUCGUAGAGCCUCUUUCAAUCGGCUCGGAGACAAGAUGUCCCACCGUAAGUUUUCUGCACCCCGCCACGGCUCGUUGGGCUUUCUGCCCCGCAAGAGGAGCAAACGUCACCGUGGUAAAGUGAAGAGCUUCCCCAAGGAUGACCCCACCAAGCCAGUGCACCUGACCGCCUUCCUGGGCUACAAGGCUGGCAUGACCCACAUUGUGCGUGAGGUUGACAGACCUGGUUCAAAGGUGAAUAAGAAGGAAGUGGUUGAAGCGGUGACUAUUGUGGAGACUCCUCCCAUGGUCGUGGUUGGCGUUGUCGGCUAUGUCGAGACCCCUCGCGGCCUGCGCUCUUUCAAGACCAUCUUUGCCGAGCACGUCAGUGACGAGUGCAAGCGUCGCUUCUACAAGAACUGGUACAAGUCCAAGAAGAAGGCCUUCACCAAGUACUGCAAGAAGUGGCAGGAUGACGAGGGCAAGAAGCAGCUGGAGAAGGACUUUGCCUCCAUGAAGAAGUACUGCCAGGUCAUCCGCAUCCUGGCCCACACGCAGAUGAGGCUGCUGCCCCUGAGGCAGAAGAAGUCCCACCUGAUGGAGGUGCAGCUGAACGGAGGUACCAUUGCCGACAAAGUGGACUGGGCCCGUGAGAAGCUGGAGCAGUCGGUCCCCAUCACCACAGUGUUCACCCAGGAUGAGAUGAUCGACGUUAUCGGGGUCACCAAGGGUCAUGGCUACAAGGGUGUCACCAGCCGUUGGCACACAAAGAAGCUCCCCCGUAAGACCCAUCGUGGUCUGCGGAAGGUGGCCUGUAUUGGCGCAUGGCAUCCUGCCCGUGUGGCGUUCUCCGUGGCCCGCGCCGGUCAGAAGGGAUACCACCACCGCACGGAGAUCAACAAGAAGAUCUACAAGAUUGGCCAGGGCUACCACACCAAGGACGGCAAGCUGGUGAGGAACAACGCUGCCACGGAGUACGAUCUGUCCAACAAGAGCAUCAACCCCCUGGGUGGGUUUGUCCACUACGGAGAGGUGACCAAUGACUUCGUCAUGCUGAAGGGCUGCACUAUUGGGACCAAGAAGAGGGUGCUCACCCUGCGUAAGUCGCUCUUGGUACAGACAAGCCGUCGUGCCCUGGAGAAGAUCGACCUGAAGUUCAUUGACACCACCUCCAAGUUUGGCCACGGCCGCUUCCAGACGGCAGAGGAGAAAAAGGCGUUCAUGGGACCCCUCAAGAAGGACCGCAUUGCCAAGGAAGAGACUGCCUGAAGUCCCUGUCCUCCCGCUCUGUCUUUGGCGAUAUGAGUCCUCAUACAGCCCUGCAGAGUUAUUUAAUAAAAAAAGACCAAACAUUU